AUGGUUCGAUUUAAUACUUUAUGUAUUUUUUAUGGACUAGUUAUUUAUUAUAUAAGGAUUGUGUCUUCAAAUGUAUUAGAUUUGAAUAAUUUAGAUAAUCCAAAAUUUUAUACAAUGAGAAUUGUUGAACAAGGAGUAACUAAGAUUAUGAUAUUAUCUACACCAGAAAAUAAGAUAACUGAAAUACGUAGAGGUAGACUUUUGAUCUGGAGUCUAGAUCCCGGUGAAUAUGUUAAAUGUGUUACCGUCUUUAUAUUUCAUUGGUCCGGUAAAGUACUCAUAAAUUUCGAAAUUGAAAAUCCAAGAAGAACCGAUAUGUAUUAUCUACAUAAAUAUUAUUCACAUUUCAAAUAUAUCAGUAAAAGGGAAUUUGAAGAAGAAUAUAGAACAUUGUUAUUGAUUGAGAAAGAAUUAGAAUCUGAAAUACGAAAACAUAAAUCUAUAGGUGAAACAGAUCUUGGUUUUAAACCUACAAAACUUAGAAGACUUAUAGGAAAAAUAAAGCAUAGCGAAGAACCAACUAAACAUACACAACCUACAGAACUAGAAACUACAGAACCAGAAGAUUUAGAUCCAGAAACUAUUCAUUUUGAAGUUUCAUCAGAUGAUGAAGAAGAGAAACCACUUGAUCUGAGUAUUAAACAUAAAUCUAAAACUACAGAAGCUGAACAGAUAGAAACUACUGAAUCAGAAGAAAUAGAUCCAGAAACUAUUAAAGUGGAAGUAGGAUCAGAUGAUGAAGAUACUUGUGAGGAAGAACUCACGAAACAAGAAAGAAAAGAUCAACUAAUGGAUAAAUUAAAGAAGAUGAUAAAACAAAGAAUAAAAGAAAAGUCUAAACAUACACAAGAGUUAGAUCCAGAAACUACUGAAAUGGAACUAGAAUCAGAUGAAGAAGAGAAACCACUUGAUCUGAGUACUAAACAAGAUAGAAAACAGGUAAUGGAUAAAUUAAAGAAGAUGAUAAAACAAAGAAUAAAAGAAAAGACUAAACAUACACAAGAGUUAGAUCCAGAAACUACAGAACCAGAAGAUUUAGAAACUUCAGAACCAGAAGAUUUAGAUCCAGAAACUAUUCCAGUAGAACUAGAAUCAGAUGAAGAAGAACUUGAGUUACCAGAACCACUUGAUCUGAGUAUUAAACAUAAAUCUAAAACUAUUGAACCAGAAGAGGUAGAAACUACAGAACCAGAAGAGUUAGAUCCAGAAACUAUUCCAGUGGAUAUAGAAUCAGAUGAAGAAGAUGAGUAA